GCUUUCAGCAGGAGAUUCGGCCAUCAAAGAAGGUUUCAUUGGAUGCUUCAGAGGACUUGUGAUCAAUGAUGUUGUAGUGGACUUAUACAAGCAUAUGACUAGAAGUGAAUCUGCAAUAGUACAUGGAUGUCAACCAUCUUGUGCUUCUAAUCCAUGUCAGAAUGGAGCAACUUGCCUUGAGUUUUGGGGGUCCUAUAAAUGUAAAUGUGUAAAUCCUUUUGCUCACUCGGGAAAAAAUUGUGAAAAAAAUGUUAAUAUAAAUGGCAUGACUGUGGUUGUUCCUAAAUCAUACUAUCAUCAUAAAACUGAAGGAAGUGAUCCAAAUCCAGUUUUAGAAAAGAAUAUUCUAAUGAGCUUUCGUACCUUUGAAAAAGAAGGAAUAUUACUUUAUGCAUUCGAUCACUUCAACAACUUUGUGCAACUCCAUUUUGCCAAUAAAAAUGUGUACUUUACAUUUAAUUCAGAUCGCACUGUGCAUCAGCUUCAUGUAGAAGUAAAAGGUCUCUCUACUGGCACUCCAAUACAAAUAAAAGUUGAACGCCAGCUGCAUCGAACAGCUCUUUAUGUAAAUGACCAGACUGCUGUUGCAGAUGUAGUCAUGAAAUUUGUUGAUAGAUAUUUUAGGAUGCCAUGGAGUCAAGGAGAAAGCUUAGAGAUUAUUUUUCCAUCAAGAGGUACAUACAGAACUAUAGAUCACAGUGAAAUGUUUCUUGGACAUGUUGGUAGUGGAACAGAAACUAAUUUCACAAAAUAUGGUUUUACUGGGUGCAUCCAAGGUUUUGUUAUUGGAGAUGAAGUUUUUGAUUUAGAAGCAGCAGCACAAACAUCUAAUCCUGAUGAAAAAUAUGGUAUUUUAAUUCCUGGAUGUAAAAUGUUGUGUGAUAGUCAGCCUUGCCAAAACCAAGGUCUUUGCAUUGAGAACUGGAAGCAAAACACCACUUCAUGUGACUGCUCACUAACAUCCUACACUGGAGAGGCAUGUCAGAAAGAUAUUGGAGGAAAUUUUGAUGGCAACAGUAUGGUUAUGUAUUCAUUUGACAAUGAAGAAAUAUUGAAAGAAAUGGAAGAAAAUGUAGCUGUUCGGUUAGCAUUUUCAACAGAUUCAACUAGUACAUCUUUUCAGGUUUUAUUGUUUGUUCAGUUUCAUGAAAGGAAAUACAUUUUGAUUGGAUUAACAGAAGACAGUUCAUUGUUAGUCGAAGAAAAGAUAGGAAGUACUGUAAUACGAAGGAAGGCAAAGACUUCAAGUUCAUGGUCUGAUAAUAACCGUCACUGGUUCUAUUUCUCAUGGAAAUCAGGAAAUAGCGACUCUUAUUGUGGAUGGCAAAAAUUACAAUCCUUUCAUCCAAGUAGUUGAUACUUCUACAGAAAAAUUUGAGGGUACAUCAAAUGUGCUGUAUAUAUCUGGUUUGCCAAAAAGUAUAACUAAUGCUGGUGAUUAUGUUAACUUUAAAGGAUGUAUUUCAAAUGUUAUGAUUGAAUUUGGAGACCUCAAAUUAAUGCCUCUUGAAACUGCCUUUGGUUACAAGAAGGGCUCUUUGGAAAAAGUCAAAGUAGAUGGAUCUGUAAAUGAAAGGAAAUGUGCAAAUUUUGCACAAUUA